CUUCUGCUAAGAAAGGGAUCCGUAAAAAAAUUGCUCAAAAAUUAUAAUUCCAAUUAAAUAGAAACUUUCAGUCCACGCUAAAACAGAACUCAGUUUGGUUUAUGUAGGCUAAUGAACUAUUAGACGAAAAAAGCGAGAAUGAUUGAUAUACUUUCAUUAUCACGGCGGCCGAAAUUGGAUGUGGUCGAGGUGCCAAAUUUAACAUUCAAAUCUGGCCUGCCGAUCAACAGUUUACCAGGCUGGGAGCUUAUACCAUUAAAUUCGAAAUUGCCUAUGCUGAAGUGUCCCGGGAAUCAGGUUAUAUUUUCAAAGAAUAAAAUUGGACAAUCGUUUAAACAUUUGAAACAAGAAUUUGAUCCCUCUGUGCGGGAAAGCCUACCGGAGUACAAUCCGCUACACGAUUCGAAUUUGAAAACUUUUUACGCCAACGAACGCAAUCUCAAGCGAUUACGCGAAAACGGCGAAAUAACGCAAAAUAACGAUGUGAUUUGCAAUUUGAAAGAUUUCAACGAAUACCGUCAACAGCUGCACAAAACGAGACUUUACUACGUAUUGCAGGAAUUAAAUCGACAGGAAAAUGAGCAACACGAUCGUAUGCUCAUCAACAAUGCCGAAGCAAUAACGGCGCGUGAUCAUCACAAUUUGGCCGCACGUCAAAACAGUUUCACCGAAAUACAGGGACGCAAGCGCAAGCUGGAGAACAUACGAGCCACGCGCUAUCAGAAAAUGUGGCAACGCACGCAAGACAAGAUAGCACGCAAGGCGGCCGCCGAUGAAAUGGGCAAGGCCUAUCAUGAGUAUCGAAAACUGUUGAAUCACAUGAAAAUGCAGCGGCACUUGGAAGCCGCCGCCGAUUUGCAGCGAAAGCAUUUAAUUAAGCUGAAGAAGGUCUUUCAGUUCAAACAGGAUCGUUUACAAAAGAAUCUACGGCAUCUACAGGAGGAACGGCUGCGUCAGAGCGAGAUAAUACAAACGCAUUUUUGGGAGAAACGUUUGAAGGAGCGCAUAGCUUACCAGGAUAAAAUAAAGGUGCUACUGGAGAAAGUCGCCGCACAACGGCAACAGUUUAUCGAGAAUCAUCGUCAAAAAUAUGAUGAGAAAUGGCUGCAUAUUCAGAAUGAAAUAAAAGAGCGUGCAUGUAAAAUUAAAAAACAAAGCAAAUUACAUCAGCAUCGUAAAAAGAAACCGAAACCAAUUACACAGCCGAAGCCAAACCUGGAAAACGGUAUGGCCUACUGUGAUACGCCAAAUGAGAGUGUCGAUAAAUUGUUAGAUUUCAAGCUUUGUGAAGCUUUGAAUGCCGCUAUUGAUAUGGAAGAUCAACCCGCUAUGCCGUUCGAUGCUAACGAUCCGAUAUACAAAGCGGCAAAGUUCAUCAUAACGCAUAUUAUUAAGAAGUUCGACAAGGAUUUGAGUAAGGACCCGAAAAUUUGCAAAAAUGUGCGCGAACGUGUGGAUCAAUUCUUUGAUGAGGCAAAACGUUUUGUGCUGUUUAGAUCAUCACAAAUUAUUGCGUCUAUACGUGAACAAGUAGAGGACGAGAAUGCUACAGGCAGCCGACGACCAACCAUGGUAUCAUUCAGCCGGUUGCCAUUAACAAUUGGUGAAUCCAGUUAUGCGAUACAUCCAAUGGUGGAUAUAAAACCGGUGGAUGUCCGCACGCCAACGCCAGUGGGUUCACUUGCUUCUAUCAAAGUACAAUCGGAAGAUAAUAUGUUUAGCAACAUACCAAAUUUGUGCCGCAACGAGUUGAUAUUCAUUGAACACUAUAUUAUCAAAUUCAAGCGUGAGCUGAUCGUGGGUGUUGGUAAACGUGUGUUUUCAGCAAUUGAUUAUCAUUUCUCGAAGAGAAUAAUGGACGUACGGCCAGAGCUGCUUAAUUUGAAUCGUAAUUUCCUAACUUGUGAGAUGUCUAAAGCUAUACUUAGCUAUGCCACCAACAAAUUGAAUUACGAAUCAAGCAUUAAGCUGUGUAUUAGCGCAUUGGCCAGUGAUAUAAUUUGGUCGUUGCAGAAACAUUUGCUAAAACCUGAACGUGACCCGCGAGGCAUUGUGCAACCGAAAUCUUGCACUGAAAGUCCAUCACCACACAUGCGGCUUUGUUUGUAUUGUCACAAACGGUAAACGGAGUUAUUUGAUAUUGGAAAUUUGUUUAAUACUGAUUAAUUUUAAACAAACAGAUAUGUAGACCCAUUUGUUUGUAAUAUAAGUAUUUGUAAAUGGA